ACCGGCGUUACGCCCCUUUCCCUUUUCCUGGUCCCGCGGUGCUACCUCGUGUGCGACCCUUAAAGCAUAGUCCCCGCCGAGACGGCCCCCGGCCUGAGUGGCGAGGGGACGAACUGCGCCCUGAACAGGCCGGGCCCGGGACGGACGGCCCUCAGUCUUCUAGUCCGGGCGCGCUGAGCGCAGGGCGGCGCUGUCCUCACCCGCGCCUAAGUCGCCAGAGGGCGUUUCCGGGCGGAGGAAACCUACACGUGAUGCGCGCCAGCCGAGUGCCAGCUCCGCCUCCUCCAGCUCCGCCUCCUCCAGCUCCGCCUCCUCCAGCUCCGCCUCCUCCAGCUCCGCCUCCUCCAGCUCCGCCUCCUCCAGCUCCGCCUCCUCCAGCUCCGCCAAGUAGGUGGGAUCCCCUACUUUGCAGAGAAGGAAGCCGUUCAGGCCUCCCUCUGUGCCUUGGCGCCGAUCACACUUCCUCCGCCUGGAAACCUGGAGCCGUCUCUCGCGAGACGUCCUCCGCCCUGUAGAAGGCCGCUUCGGUUCUCCGUGCGUGGUAGCCGCCCCACUUGCGGGAUUCCAAGGCCUCAUCGGGUGCGGGUAUCUGGCUGUGGAUUCGCCGCCGUCCCGCUGGACGCCUGGAGGCUCGAACCCCGCCGCCCCCCGACCCCAGGCUUUGCUCCCACCCCGGCUUCCGCCCACUGUGCUGCCCUUCCUCGGACCUGGGCUGUCGGGAGAGCUGGAGAUGUUCACCCUUCCUCAAAAGGACUUCAGGGCUCCCACCACCUGUCUGGGCCCCACCUGCACUCAGGACCAGGGCAGUGGCCAUGGGGAUGAUUUGGAAGGAGAAUGCUCCAGAAAACUGGACCAGAAGCUGCCAGAGCUCCGUGGAGUGGGUGAUCCUGCCAUGAUCUCCUCUGAUACCUCCUACCUGUCCUCUAGAGGAAGAAUGAUUAAAUGGUUCUGGGAUUCAGCUGAGGAGGGCUACAGGACCUACCACAUGGAUGAGUAUGAUGAGGACAAGAACCCCAGUGGCAUCAUUAACUUGGGCACCAGUGAGAACAAACUCUGCUGUGACCUGCUGUCCAGGCGGCUGAGUCAGAGCGACAUGCAGAGGGUGGAGCCAUCCCUGCUGCAGUACGCUGACUGGAGGGGACAUCUGUUCCUCCGGGAGGAAGUGGCCAGGUUCCUGUCUUUCUACUGCAAGAGCCCAGUACCCCUCAGACCAGAGAAUGUGGUUGUCCUGAAUGGUGGUGCCUCGCUCUUCUCUGCUCUGGCCACGGUGCUGUGUGAAGCCGGGGAGGCUUUCCUGAUCCCCACCCCUUACUAUGGCGCCAUCACACAGCACGUGUGUCUCUAUGGCAACGUCCGACUGGCCUAUGUCCACCUGGACAGUAAGGUCACUGGGCUAGACACACGCCCCUUCCAGCUCACAGUGGAGAAGCUGGAGAUGGCCCUGAGAGAAGCUCACUCUGAGGGUGUGAAGGUCAAAGGCCUCAUCCUUAUCAGCCCCCAGAACCCACUGGGUGACGUGUACUCCCCUGAAGAGCUGCAGGAGUACCUGGCAUUUGCCAAGAGGCACAGGCUGCAUGUGAUUGUGGAUGAGGUCUACAUGCUGUCCGUGUUUGAGGAGUCGGUUGGGUACCGCAGUGUCCUAAGCCUGGAAAGGCUGCCUGACCCCCAGAGGACCCACGUGAUGUGGGCAACCAGCAAGGACUUCGGGAUGUCUGGGCUCCGCUUUGGCACGCUAUACACAGAAAACCGGGACGUGGCUACUGCUGUGGCUUCCCUCUGCCGCUACCACAGCCUCAGUGGCUUGGUCCAGUACCAGAUGGCACAGCUGCUCCGGGACCAUGACUGGAUCAACCAGGUGUACCUGCCAGAAAACCAUGCCCGGCUCAAGGCUGCCCAUACCUAUGUCUCGGAAGAGCUCAGGGCAUUGGGGAUCCCCUUCUUGAGUCGGGGGGCUGGAUUCUUCAUCUGGGCUGACUUGAGAAAGUACCUGCCCAAGGGCACCUUUGAGGAGGAAAUGCUGCUCUGGCGCCGCUUUUUGGACAACAAGGUGCUGCUGUCUUUUGGCAAGGCCUUUGAGUGUAAAGAGCCUGGUUGGUUUCGCUUCAUCUUCUCAGACCAGGCCCACCGGCUUUGCCUGGGGAUGCAGAGGGUCCGGCAGGUGCUUGCAGGCAAAUCCCAAGUGGCAGAAGACCCCCCUCCCUCUCAGAGCCAGGAGCCAAGUGACCGACGCAGAUGAGCUGGUCAUUGUCUCAUGGCCAGAGGGCCCAGCAGCCACUGUGGACCUGGGGCGUUCCGGGGCUGCAGAAGACUGACUGUGGAUGUGCCAUUUGCCAGGAAGGUAUCUAACUUGGCUUUGUGCCUGAAGAACUGUUUCUUGUCUUUCGCUGUAGCAAUGGGAAACUCCUUAAGCUGUGGUUCAGCCUGGGCCCUCCCUCUCUCCUAUUAAACAAAACUGGGAGAGUC